AAGAAACUAGACUCUCCAGGAUAGUUAGAGAGUACUACAUGCGUGGACUUACUGCACUUUUGGUACCUUCAAAAUACAGAUUCAACCAAAUGUACCCGCUGUUGAAGAACGCAUCACAGGCAGGUACAUUUGGGAGUUCAACACCUAAGAAACAAGAAAAGAAUGAAUCUUGUGGAGAAAUGGGGAUUGCUGCUAACAAGGACAUGGUUGAUCCAAUUGCCACCUUUAGCAGGCCUCCUCCACUCCCUCCUGUUAUAGGACCAUUGGUUCUUCUCACUCUGCUAGAUUCAUGGUGGAACCAUGAUGAUUCCAAUUGAUGGAUGAUAGGUAAUUAGGUACCCUCUACUAGUUCUUAAAUAGAUUAGACAGACAUGUUAUGGUCUCUACUUGAUGAAAUACUUGGAAAUGAAAAUAAGUAUGUUGAAUGCAUAGCUAAACAAUCGAACCGUGAUGCUCCAAAGCCUUAUGUAACCGUCAAGUAGUGGAGUCACUAAAGGUGCUACAAAUAUAUUGUAUAUUUUCAUUAUCCAUCUAAGUAUUGCAUGAGGACUCCUUAAGAACCCUGCAUCCACACCCAUAUAUGUAUAUUUUUCAAUGAAUAUGAAUAUUUUGUUUUGGGUGACUGAAAGGAGAUGUGAGAAAUCUAUUGAAUGAGGAUUCACUCACAUUCAGCUAACUGUGGGAAGUCAUCAAAUAA